AAGAACCACAACCCAAAGAAAACAUGUCUUGAACCCUGUUGCAUUUUGGGACACUUGAUUGACACGGCGGCCAUUUUACCCGCUGGACGCUUCCUCCCAUUGUGGAAACGAAGAAGGAAAUAGUCAAGCUAAACCUUUCUCACCACUUCUGUUCACUUUUUCUUCAAGGUGAUCCUUAGUAGCAAUGGCCCGUACCAAGCAGACUGCCCGUAAGUCCACUGGAGGAAAAGCUCCACGUAAGCAGCUGGCCACAAAGGCUGCCCGCAAGAGCGCCCCGUCCACUGGAGGUGUGAAGAAGCCCCAUCGCUACAGGCCCGGUACUGUGGCUCUGCGUGAGAUCCGUCGUUACCAGAAGUCCACUGAGCUUCUGAUCCGCAAGCUGCCCUUCCAGCGCCUGGUGAGAGAAAUCGCCCAGGACUUCAAGACGGAUCUGCGUUUCCAGAGCGCAGCCAUUGGAGCGUUGCAGGAGGCCAGCGAGGCCUACCUGGUGGGUCUGUUUGAGGACACCAACCUGUGUGCCAUCCACGCCAAGCGUGUCACCAUCAUGCCCAAAGACAUCCAGCUGGCACGUCGCAUCCGCGGGGAGCGUGCUUAAAUACUUUCUUUGUCUUUCUACUUUUCACCUCUUCUCCUUCACCUGUUUGUCCCCCCCUCCUCUCCUGUGUAAGUAGUAUGUAGGGAAGAUUUAUGAUAUAUCAGGUGUAUAGUUGUGUUUUUCUUAGUGCUCUCAGUGGAAGACUUCUAUGGUACCCUUUUUUUUCUGUGCAUGUACCAACUCUUUGGUGAUGAGAUCUCCUCAUGUACAUAUGUCCUAGUUGUCUUUACUCUGACUCCACGAUGGGGUGGAGACCAUUGUAAAAGAUACAAAUACACACAAAUGACUCUAGUGCAAACUUAGUAGGGACAGACAAGAGGAUGGCUGUUUAUCCGCUGUGGGGGGGCUCUCGGUGCUUCUUUCCAGCAUGGUGCUAGAUGAUCCUCUUGUGCUCUCGAUCAUGCACCAGCCUCAGCUCCCAGGUUUGCAGAGAUCACCGCUUUGGUGGUCUCUCCGGCUGGAUUCUCUGUCCCUGCAUGUUUCUGCACGAGUGCUGGCUCUCACCGCUGCAGAUGAUGCAAAUUCAACCCAUCAGCAUUUCCGAAGACGGCGAUUAGAAUAUUGAUUAUUGCUGAUAUUCACUAUUUUUGCUUCAGUUAACUGAGUGGAAAUUCCUUUCCACAACAAUACGAGGCAUGGAGCUGAGGGGAACAAUCUAAUUUCAACACAAGAACAAAAUCAAGCAAAUAUAUGAACAGCUUUUGCUUCUAACAUUGAAACUAUUUUAAAAUGUAAUUUUUUAAAAUAAGGAUAAGUGGACCUCAAAAUUUUAAGCGACUUUCCUUGAAUAGUUUUAGUCAACGCUUCAAGUUGCUGAUGCUUUCAUAUUGAUAGCAAUUUGUCUUUAGAUAAACCUUAUCGGCAGAAAGGUUUAUUAGGGCCUAAAGUCAAAAGUAUAUUUCUCAAAACAAUAAAAAUGUAAUAACAAUUUUUUUAUUUAGUACCUCAUGACAGAUAAUAUUGAUCACGGUCCCUCUGCCUCUAUUUGCUUUUCGUUUUCCUGCCCGUCGAUCAUUUGUACAUUUUCUCAGGUUGACUCAUCACCCUUAUAACUUAAUUAUUACUAUUUUGUUUUUGUGUGUGGAGUUAUUUUUUCUCCAUUUCUUUUACGGAAACAUUAGUGGUGAUGUUUUAAUGAAACAAUGUUUGUAAUUCCCGGAUUUGUCAUAUAAGGUGGUAAUAAAUGGAUGUUACACACA